AUGCAACGUGUAUGUUUUUGUAAAACCGUUUCCUUAUUUAAUCAUGUUUUACAGCCCAGUCAAGCACUUGCACUUUUUUAUCAAUCAUUAGUAUUCUCAUUAAAAAAUUUAGCACUUAUCCGAUGGAUUAGCUCAAAUGUUGACAUUCCAAAUGGACUACAAUUACUUAUGAUUGAUCUCAAUGGGAAUGUGACUGUUGAUGAUGAAUUACUUUACAAGCAAUUUUCCAAUGCAAAACGUGAAGUCGAACAGCAAUCAGAUACAAUUUCAAUUUUAAGAUGGAUUAGUCGCAUUGUGUUUCGACUAGCGAGUGAUUGCUCAAUAUCAUCGAAAUUAGAUCGCUCAAUAGAGUUUGAAUCAAUUAAUGAAUUUCUUAAGCAAUUUCAUACUAUUUCAGCUGACGAUCGGUCAACGUUGUCUGAUGAUGAUGAAGGAAUUAGUAGUGAUGACCUUGAUGAUGAAGAUAUUAGUAGAAAAGCUAUUCAUCGAGCUUUAAUGAAAUGCAUCGAUUAUAUAACGUCAUCUUCUGUGACUAAUUCUUCAAAUAAUGACGAGAAUAAAACAAAUACAACUGAAAUGCAAGAUCUUGAAAGCAACUCAAUAGCUCUUUACAAUCAGGAAAUUAUUCAAAUUCUUUGUAGUGAUACAUUAGAAUUAGAGAUUGAAUUAGCACGCGAACUUCGACAGUCAUCAUUUGAAUUAUCUUCAACAUUCACAACGCAACCUCUUCCGCAUGAUAGUACAUUUUAUUCAGCUUGGGCGACACUAUGGCGUAAUGUGACCCUUGAAUAUUUACAGUUUAGUGAUCAAAGUCAAUUACGUAAAGUUUCAUUAGAUAAUUAUGGAAAUUUAAAUAGUUCAAUCGAUAACCAUCGUCGAUGGUCAAUGAGAGAAAAUGAUCGUGUGCUUGAUGAAAUAGCUAAACGACAAAAGAAUUUGAAGAAAAUCAAAACACUAGAUAGAAGAGACGAAUCUGAUCAUAUGUGUCUACAUGAUAGAUUAAUGUCAGAAAUAAAACAAAAGCGAAUUUUAAAGCCUAUUGAUCAAUCAUUGAUUUCAACGACAACUUUGGAUUCAUCACGAAAACGAAUACGUCCAAAUUUAAUAGAAAGUGAUUUAAGUUCAGAUGAUGAAGACGAUGAACUACAACGAGAUGAGCAUGGCAGAAAACGAGUAGCAGUUAUUGAUUGUCUUCUUGAAUCCUCAUCUCCGUCAUCCCCUGAAGAUAUUACUGAUAGUACUAUUUCUUUUUUUGUUUUUUGA